UGGUAUAGGUCACAUGAUACAGUGUGAGGCUAAGCGCCAUAAAACGUUUGUUCUUCGGGUCAUAGGUUCUGUCGCAACACCUGUAGUCUUUUCCCCCCUCCAGGUGGAUACGUGUCUGCUCAGCCAGCACUGCGCUUUUGUUUUGAAAUAUAUGACCGGAAGUAAUUUUGCCUGGACGGAAGACAGCCGCAGUCAGAGAAGUUGGAUGUCAGAGGUGUAGUAGUUUUUGCUGCGUUGUGGAACAGUUUUAUGUUAGUGCUUUAGUCUGUUUGUUUUUUUCCUCUAAACUGCUGGUUUUACCCCAGUGAACAGUUUUCUUCGUCUGCUCGGUCGGUUAGCUACAAGUAACCUCAACGUUUCUGUUAGCUGUGUUGACACGGCGGGGAGGAUCGCUAACUCAAGUAGCCAUGUCGAUCAAAUAACGGACCAGUCAGUUAAUUCCAGAUGUCCUAACACACACAGGCCAGGAGCCGACGAUUUAAAAACGAUAAUCAUGAUUAGGUGUUUUCUGUCUCGGAGGUUAUUUAGCUAACGUUUCGGUUGGCGCCGUUGCUGUUUUGCCUCGAUAACGGUUAGCAGCAUCCUGGUGCGGCUAGCUGAGCUAAGUUAUCGUUCAGAGGAAGAAGAAAGAAAAACGACGUGUUCCAAAGUGGGUCAGCCUUCGCUUUUAAAAAGUUAAUGCGUCCUGACACGAUGAAGUAGCUGUGGGAUAAUACAGCUGCUAUGGUGUCUGCAGUCCAGCUGCGCCUGCCGAGUUGAACGCCUGACAGUUAUACACCUGGUCCAGCAUGAAGGCCCUCGGAUCCAGAUUCUCCUUCUAUGCGGGUUUCGUGGUGGGAACCUUCACGCUGUACGUGUUUCUGCGGCAGGUGUGGUUUGAGAGAAGUGCGUCCGUCCAGCACGCCGUCGGCUUGGACAGACCUCAGAGCGACCAGCUGCAGCUCGAGGAAGAGGCGAAGAUAUGGAAGAAGGAGAGGUCUGCUCUCUUCAACCUGAAGCACCCCCAUCAUAAAGGCGAGGAUAGCCACAAGUCUGAUGAGCUAUACAAAAAAGUGCGUAUUCUUUGCUGGGUGAUGACUGGACCCAACAACCUGGAGAAGAAGGCUCGACAUGUGAAGUCCACAUGGAGUCGUCACUGCAACAUUGUGAUCUUCAUGAGCUCAGUGGAUGACCCUGACUUCCCCACUGUGGGCUUGGGUACAAAGGAAGGUCGGGACCAGCUGUACUGGAAAACAAUCCGGGCCUACCAUUACGCGUACGAGCAUCAUGCCGAUGAGGCUGAUUGGUUCCUCAAAGCGGACGACGACACCUACGUUAUUGUAGACAACCUGCGGUGGAUUCUUGCGAACUACACACCGGAGGACCCAAUUUACUUUGGGCGGAGAUUCAAACCCUACACCAAGCAGGGAUACAUGAGUGGUGGAGCAGGAUAUGUGCUGAGCAAAGAGGCUCUGCGGCGGUUUGUAGAAGGAUUUAAAAACAAAGUGUGCACUCACACCACCUCUGUAGAGGACCUUGCAAUGGGGCAGUGCAUGGAGAAAGUUGGGGUGCUGGCAGGGGACUCCCGAGACAGUGUGCAAAGGGAGACAUUUCACCCAUUUGUGCCCGAGCAGCACCUCACGACCAAGUUUCCCAAGAGCUUCUGGUAUUGGAGCUACUGCUACUACCCCAUCUCAGAGGGUCCAAACUGCUGCUCGGACUUGUCGGUGUCUUUCCAUUAUGUAGGACCUACAGAGAUGUAUUUAUUGGAGUAUUACACAUAUCACCUGCGUGCCUUUGGCUACAGAUACCGUUACCAGCCCCCCACUCCAAAAAGCUAUGGUAUUGAAAAGUCAAGUUCCCGGGAAACCGCAGAAGGAAAAAAAGAGCCCGCUCCUCAGGAGAAAGUGCAAGGAGAGGGGGACGAUCCAUCUAGGACUGAAGAGAAAAAGGAUGCAGCUCCCCCCCCUGCAGCUGGGAAAGACCCUCCUGCUGCUGCAGCUGGCAAAUAACUGUGAGACUGUGAGGGUGUGUGACGAGGACUGAUCAUUAGGUAGGAGGAGUGUGUGAUUUGAGUGUUUGCUUUUUGUUCUUUUAAUCUUGGCUGACAUUUCUACAGAAGUAGAAAAAUGGUCCACUUCGAUUUUAAAUGUCCCCCCAUAGAAAUGUGCGGCCUGAGGAUUCUCCAGCUGAAUGGCUGCUACUUAUGUUAACUGUGACUGCAGGAAUGGUCUUAAGGCUAAGAGGUGAUUCAUGAGUUUGACCCUUGUUUUUCAGGUUUGUUGGGUGGAUUUUUACAACUAUGUGUCUUCUUGGGAACAGCACCAUUAAUUUAAAAAAGCACUUUUUAAAUCCAUAUGACCCUAGUGUGGGAACAAGGUAUUUUACAGAGUGAGUUUAACUUGAUUCUACCAAUGUUUUAUUCUUUUCUUAACUGUUGCAGUGUCCAACUAAAAUGACUUAAUUUCACACAUAGAUAGCUAUGUGAGGCCAAUUAGACCCAACUAUUACUAUUACUAUCCAACUUGAGCGUAUCAGACAGCUGACCGAUCCAUUUUGUUUUUCCUUUGUGUGAAAGCAACCAAGAUACACUGCAGCUGGAUUCAAGUGUCCACGAGGCUCUUUUGAAUUAGCCCAUUUUAAAUCUGCACCUUACCUUCAACAAAAGACUCGGUGAUAGUUGACAUACUUUUUUUUUUUUUUUUUUUAAUUCCUUUUUGUGGGCAUAAUUGAAUAACCUGUUACUUGCUAAAUCCAAACAUGAUUCAGGCUGCAUUCAAAAACAUUUGACUUUACAGGAAAGGGUUAUUUCACACUUGUGUCCCACCAUGAAAAGAACUAUGGUUGCAAUUAAUUGUUAUUUUUAUUGUUGAAUAAUCCACUGAUUUUUUUUUUUCUUCAUCACUCAUCCCAUCGUUUUGUCUAUGAAUUGUCAGAAAAAACUGAACCCAUUUCUCAGAGCCUAAGAUGAAGUCUUCAAUAGCUUGUUUUCUUGACCAAUAGUCCAAAACUUGAACAUGAGCAAUUUAUUAUAACAUAAGACAAAGAAAUGCAGCAAAUCCUCACAAGAGAGAGGCUGCACCCACAAGAUGUUUAGCAUUUUUAAUUUGAAAGAAAUUAAUCUUGAAAAGUCAGCCUGUUUCACCUGUUAGUGGACUGAAAAAAAAGGCAAAUACAUCAUAGCUGUCCCCUUUUAAAACGUAACGUCUUAAACAAAAACCCAAUAUUAAGUCAAUUUCAUAGGAUAGCAUUGUUUUAAUACGUUCAUAUUAGAGUGCUCAGUCAAACUUGUGUGAUCAAGAUAUGUAAGGGGCAGAUACCUUACUUAUACAAACUUUACUGUCCAAAAUGACAUCAGUGCACUGAAACUCCACAGGAAAUGUAAUAAUAAUGAACAAACUCAUGCAUUUUAUCGGCGGAUUUUAAACAAUAGAUAUGCUGAUACCAAUAUAUCGGUUGGGCUCUAGCUCGUAUAUAUAUGUAUGGCUAAUAGUGAUACUUUAAUGUGACCAUGAUGCAAAAUUUAAAAAGUCUAAAUGACCCACUUUGUACAAUCGAACCAAUGAUUUUGAUGAGCAGCAGGCUCAAAAGAAACCUGUCAAUACUUCUGUACCUGUAGUUUUGGAGCAGUGAUGCAGUGAAUCUUGGCGCUUUUCAUUCUUUGCUAUCGUCUGUGUGUGUUCAGCAAACAUACAGGAUGUUUGUCCACUAUACGGCCUUUGUUCACUCAACCUGGAUCCUGGUCGUUGUCGGUUGGGCACACCCACAGCUUGACAAGGAAGUCUGUGUAAAUCCAUAAUGCAGUUCAAACCAUCCAUGGCACACACCUGUACUUCACACAGGCACUGGAUACGCACAGCUCCUCCUCAUCGUCCCCUAGUAGACCCAUUAGCUCGUGCCUUGUAAUUUGAGAUUGUAUGAGCCAUCAGCUGCACACAUGACUUUGCACUGUGACACUACCAUGAUGAGAGAGAUGCUUUCAGAUGGAGAAUAAUUUAUGGGACCCCUCCAAUGUAAUGAGUAUGGCCUUUGGUAUGACUUGUCCAUGACAGCGUUUUAUUUGUUGUUGUUCUUUUAUACAUUGUUGUGUAAUUUUUUAAUUCUGGGUGGGCCAGAUCUUGGUAAUCGGUGCAUCAUGUGUAUUUAAAGUAAUCACCAGAGUUCUUUUAUUAGUUUGUAACCAAACGAAGAAUUAAUUUUGUGGGAAAUACAGUAAUUACCAAAUACAAAAGAUGGCUUCAGGAAUCCGGCAGGAUCAGUGUUGAUUGAAACAGUUUAUGUUGACAAUUGCAUGCACUUUUUCAGCAUCAUGAGUGCUGUUUGUUCCCUUGUUUAACCACUUAAACGUCUUACUCUCCUUAAAGUUUAAACUCAUAUGAGGUAAUUAAUUAAUGCCUAUCAAAAUGCCUUUAAACGUUUUCACUAAUUAUCCUUCUGUACAUGAGCACAGAGCAUGUUCAGUUAUUAUUUUUUUUUCUAUUAAAAACGGAAAUGUCUGGUUUAAACCAAAAUCAGCAUGUUUUACACAAUGGUUUCUUUACUGUACUUGUUGAUCUCCAGUGAGGUAACAUUCUUCCAACUUUUCAGUCGCGGAGGACUGCCUAUCAGUGGGUCAUGUGAGGCCAAACACUUUAUUGAUAACCACCAUCUGUGGUUUCUGAUGCCAGAACACACCAAGCCCUCGACAAUCUACUCCCAACUCUCAAAUUUUAUCAAAGGGAAAGGUGUACAGUGCUGUAUUUAUAUUUCAAAUGUAUUUAUGUUGGUAUUGACUUCUUAAUUGAGUUGAUACGCUUCAGUGUGUAAAUGAGUUUGUGUGAGUGUGUGAGCAGAGCACGCGUGAUCAGUGUGCAAGAUCGUUUUCAGUGAAUGGUACUUUAAUCACUAUAAAUAAAUGCAUAUUUUAUUGUA